AUGGAGCGCCCAAAGCUCUCCGUCCUCGUUCCCGCGCUGAUCCUCCUCGUCCUCGUGAUGGCUGCGGAACCAGGGAUCGCGUUCAAGCUGGAGCCGACAGGCACGAGCAGCCACAUGCCGCCUCUCCUCGACUGCGCUCCGGCCCCCGCGGGUGCGGCGCCCUCUAACAACCUCAGCGCGUUCCGCGGCAACGUCCUGGCGCUCCUCGGUGCGCUUCCGGCGGCCGCGCCCACGGGCUUCGUCGCCGCCGCUCAGUCCGGCGGAGCCGUCGGCGACGACCGCGCCUUCGCGCGCGCGUUCUGCUUCGGCGAGCGUCGCGGGUCCUCCCCCAGCGACUGCUUGAAAUGCCUUGCCGCUGCCGUCCAGGACGUCGCCGACGGAUGCCACGGACGCCGCGGGGCGGUCUGGCGCGCCGGCUGCUUCCUGUGGUACGCGGACACCAACGCGUCCACGGCCCGCGAGGACGCGUGGCGCGGUUGGUUCUACGACGACGACAGCGACGACACGCUGACCGCGGCGCUGGGGACAUGCGUGGCCAACCGCACCGCGGCAGAGUGCUCCCGGUGCCUGAACGAGUCGGCGCAAGUGGUUCCAGCGCUGAAGGAAGGGAGGCAGCUGUCGUUGGUCCACGGCGACGUGGUGGUGGUCGUCGGCUACUCCUACUACCUGCGCGUCCCGUUAUCCCCUCCAAAGAUACGGUGGCCGGUGUGGGUGAACUACGGUGAGCUCACCGGUUCUCUCUUCCCCUCUCUUUCCAUAUCUUUCAUGUCCUUAGAAACUGACAUUAGUGUGAUGAUGAUGGAACUUUUUGUCUCUGCACUCUGCAGCCUUGGGUGUCUUGGACGUGGUUGGGGUACUGCUCUUUGA